UUUAUUGGAGAAACAAAAUGAGAAAAGAACAUUGCUUUUCUUGGAAUCCUUCCAGUGUGUUGCAAGAGCAGAAGAAGGCCUGGAUGAAAUAUGCAGCAUCUCCCUCAGAAGACUUUACAGCAACUGCCAAAAAUAUCAUUACAACAGUAUUAGUGUGCUACUGGAGUGUCAUUUACUUCCUUUUGUGACCAGCCUUGGAUCAGGAUCACACAAAUAGACACAGUUUCUAAUAAACACCAUUUUAAAAAGUAUCUUUCUCGAUCUUUGAAUUGUUGACUUUCAAAGGGAAUUAGGCAUCACUGGGAUUUUGAAUAUCUUCUUAGUUCCUCAUCCUGGUGGAAGUGGGUGGGGGGCAGAACAGUUCUGGAGAUGACCACAAUAACCUGCCCAUCUAGCAGGGUACAUACUUUACCAUGUCUCAGUAAAUGAAAAGCAAGGUGGAUGAGACCUCUGCUGAUCCAUGGUUGUGAGUGCAUGUGCUACUCCUGCAGGAUCGAGCACUGAAGUAUUUUUCAGGAGUGAGAAGUGCUCAGCAGAAGGACCCUGGCCCAGGCACCCAUCUCCCUCAGCUCGGUCUGAGAUGCAGAGUACAAACAUAACACCUAAGCACAAUACAAGAGAAUGAUUCAUCGGAGGAAACUUAAAAACCUGUGAUUCAUACCUUGAGUACUAAUGAUGUUUUGCAGUAACCUCAGUUUACUGAUGUUGCAUUUCCAUUUUAAGGGAUUUACAAUUUAGCUGAAGUCAAAGAGCUCUUUCUUUAAGAGGGUCUCUUUGAAGGUAAGAGCCCAAAAGCAUAUUUGCUAUCUAAAACCCUUAAUUAGGGGGAUGAGGUGAGGAAACAUACACGAUAAUAAAAGAUACAUCAUGGUACAUAUUCUGAGCUCUCUUAGAUCGUAGAAAUCUAAAGACAAGGCUCUGGCAGUAAACUAUAUGGGUGUAAACAUGAAUGAUGGUUUUGAUGAGAAAUGGACCCAGUUCCCACUGAGGAUCAAAACAGAAACUGCUAAAGGCAUUCGUACUCUUCACACCUCUGGAUUUUAGUGGCAGCUGGGCACAUACAUGUCUCUGAAAAACUGGCUUUUAAUGUCUUUCAGAAAAGUUUUCAGUUCUCACAAACUUCAGUCAAAGGUGAAUUUCCAUUGACCACAUGGAUGGGUUUUCAGUUCUCAGUAAGUCUGUUUGGUUCCUUUCAGUGGAGGAGUAGAUAAAUAAAUAUUAAAAAGGGGGCUGGAAUAUUUUAUAUUUUUCUGCUAAAGACACUCACUUGAAAACUCUACCAAGAAAUCAUUAGAACUGCUGGUUUUGUGGUUCACUUGUUUUCUCCCUCUUUGUCCUUUUAAGCAAAGCUCUUUGCAGUAGAGGAUGCAGCAGGUGCCUCAUAUUAAAGAGUCAAUGCAAAUACAGGGCAAGCACUUGCUAUUUAGCCUCUCAGCUGGAGCUUGUGAGAAUGGAUGCAACAUCGUUCAGAAGGCAUGAAAACAGUGAACUGGACUCUGCAAAUCAUGCAUAAUCGGGCAGCUGGUGUGAUGGGGUUUGUAGAGUGAGGUUGUUGGACAUAAAGUGUAACAGAGCACUGCACUAAAGUUAUGUCUGCAAGUGUAUCACCACCCUCAAGACAGGGUACACGGCCACUGUAACCCAAGAGCAGCUAUUUGACAGGGAGGUGAGGUGGUUUAUUUACUGCCUAAGACAAAGCUACAGUAGCUUAAACAUCCACUCAACCUGUCGCGUUAUCCUGCAUUAGAACUGCUGGCUGCCUUAGCUGUACAUCUGCCUCAGCUGAGCAGUAUUUCCCUUUGACAGUUCAAGGCAUUUCACCCUCUUCAGUGAAAGAAGGGGAAUCAUCUGUUGGUCCUGUUGUUACCUGGGGCAUUCUUAGGUGUUUGCUGUCUUGGAAAUCUGUACUGUGUGAUAUCAUUGCAUGAGUAAAAGCUCUGUGCCUGCCAUAUAUUUUGUAUGGGACCUUCCCAGCAGAUUUCAGCAUUGCUGGCUCACUAAACACUGCAGCAUUCAAGUGCCAGCUAGUGGGCUGACUGAAUUUAGUCUAGAAAGUAACAAGCCAAAUUUAAUCUGGUUUGCACCUGCUUGCACAGGGGCUGAACUUUUCACGUUUUCCUUUAAUGGCCUUCAUUGAUCUCAUUUUAUCGUUAUCAUCACUGCAGUAUCUGGUUGUCUACUUAUACAAAAGGCUAGCACAAGUGUUUUACACCUGCAUGAAGGGCUGACCAUGCACAUCUCUGGGCAGCCGCAAAUACCUACAAGCUCGCAGAGGACAGUGCUCUCCUCUUGACACUGAGGAUGCUGGGACAGUCUUAAAACUACAACACCAUUACUCUCUUGCAUGUCAUCUUCCUUGCUGAGGUAUGUAUCUGCUCCCCCAUGAGCAAGAGAUGCUUAAUGUCUUUUAAAGUAUAAUAGAUGCCAUCAGUCACUGCAAGAUCUUUGCAGUUUGGAUCUUCCUGCACUUCACAAUUGUCACAUUGCCAGGGAGCAAUGAUGCUCUUUGGGAACACCUCCACGCUCUGCUUUGCCAAGGAUGGGUUUGAAGCUCUGCAGGACUGGUUGUUGGAAAGGGUCAAAAGAGCCUUCAAGAAUGUGAAAUUCUUUUCCUUGCAAAUCAAGACUAAUUUCUAGUGCAUAGCAGGGUGAUUGAGAACCACUGCUUCCAGCUGCUGUCCAAAAUGUUUGCUGCCAUGAUGUUCACUGUCACAAGUGAAGAUCUACCUCAACUAACCUCUCAGGCUCAAGCCUGACAGACUUACUGAAGGAGCCCUGACCAAGUAUCUUACUGUACCAUCUCAUCUUCAUCUUUCAGGAGAGGAGAUUUCUUCCCUUUGUCUCUGAUUGAAAUACUGUGCCUGUUUCUACAGUGAUAAGAGAUGCUCUGAAAAACACUGUUUGGAAAUCUAUAAAAGCUUUUGUACUGCUGUGCUCUGGUGAUAUUUUUUAAAGCUAAGUAGUAAUAACAGUAAGAUGUCAGGACUCCUUAAUGUCAGGGGUAUAAAGCAGAAUUGGAUUAAAAUAGAAGGGUACCACGUCUGGUUUGGGAGUCUCAUAAGCCAAAAUCAGAAGAACCUGGAAUUACACUCAAUAAAUAACUUUACCUGAUUUUUCUGUUCUGAUAUCUUUCCCAAGGCAUCUCUUGUUGUACUCUACUGAAGGCAAGCUGUAAAAACAGAUGGACCAUUGGUAAAAUUGUGUUUGCUCAUUCUCAUGACCUUAUAUCACGGAACUGGGAGUAGCUAAGAUAAAUAAUGCUAGUCAUCCUGAUCUGUUACACAAGUUAUCUGGUUUCCAUAGUUAUGAAUCAAAAGACGACAUGCAUCUAACUGCAAAAAUUUUCAGAACACCAAAAUGUCUUUAGAGUUGGGCUAGCCAGAAAGCAAGGAGUCAUCUCACACAAAAAAAUGCAGGGUUAGGUAUGACUGAUGAUUCCACGCUGGAAAGGAGUGGCGGUGCUUCCAGUUAGAGAAGUCUCAACUGGGCUUGGUGAGAAACCCCAUGGCUGGGUGCUAGACCAAGCCUGGAACAGAGAGACUUGUGGGCAAGGGAUAAACCAGGAUUAAUUCAGCAGCUGCAUAUAAGUCAAGGCAUGUAGGUAAAUACAGACACGCUCUGCGGGCACGUCCUGACAUCAUGCUUUCAGUUACUUUGGUGUGACCACUUUCUGUCUAUGCCUAGAAUUUGUGUCCUGCAUCAGAGACAUCUUCCUGACAAUUUCUGUGAAAUGUUCAAGCAUAAUCUCACCCAGGAUCUGCAGAGCUUCAGAGGCAGGAGGAACAACCACCAGACACAAAGCCCAGGUCAUGCCUGGAUGCAGAGCGCCGGCGAUCACGGCGCUGGGACGCUGCGGAGAAUCGCAAGAGGUUACUCUGUGCAACAGGAAGGCAGUGCUCUGGGGUGAGGUACUGUACCGAGCUGUAGCUGCACUGAGUACAAAAUGAAACAAAAUUUGCAUAGCUCCCUGUUUCACAGAAAGUCAGCGGCGGGGGGGGGGGGGGACUGAUCUUGGUAACUAUUCACCUUCUGACAUCAGAAACCUCCAAUGCAGCAUACAAGACGGCUGUCGCGAAAUCCCUGAUCAAGAACAUGAAGCUCCUUCCCCUCUUCACAGCUGCGACCUGCCUCACGCCCCCAGGUCCUUCUUUCUUCAUACCACAAGUGAUGAAGUUUUUUUUCCAGAUCACAUGAGCCAGGAUGAAGGGGGAAAAUCCUGCCAGGAACAGAGAUGGGCUGCGACCUGAACCUGAUCAAGGGGAGAUACAGAGCAGUACCCUGAGAGCUAUAUAAGAAUGUGCUCGGCACAAGAGCAAACACUUUUUCAGGUGAAGGACUCUCAUGAAUCAGCCAUGCAUGUGAGUGAAGACACCGUUUCAAGGAAGCUUAGAGCCACUAACAAAACAUGUUUGUAUUUCAUCAUCGCUACCCUCGCCACAUUACUCGUCUUUGCACUAGCCACCAUCAUGGUCUUAGUCAUUCAGAGGACGGCAGCUGAUCCUGCCACAGAGGGCAUCACAGAACCCAUCCGCAAAGGGAACACCUCCGAAGACUAUUUAAGAAUCCUACAGAAUGUCCCGACCAAGGGAGCCGCUGCGUACUUGAGAGUGUCAAGUCCAGUAAACGGUUCAAAACUGAGCUUGGUUGGGAAGGGUGUAUGUGAAGACAUCCAGUGCAACAGCGAAGAGCUGGUGAUAAGGCAACAAGGCCUCUACUUGAUCUACUGCCACCUGAACUUUCAUUUUGCCAACUGUUCAAACAGCCCCACGGACCUCAAGAUAGAGUUCCUUGUGAAUGGCAAAGUCAACAGGCAAACAUUAUCCACAUGGUGCGCAUCAGACACGUGCCAAGAAAAGACUUUUAAAACCUUGUUCCAGCUCCAUUUGAUGUACCUGAACGUGGAGGACCGGAUAUCAGUAACACUUAAUCAUCCUAAAUUCUUGAAUGAAAUUUACCUUCCCAAUGAUAAUGUUCUUGGGGUCUUGAGGUACAGUGAUGAAAUGUGAGAAGUUCUCUGACUUCCCACCGCUGCCCAGACUUUCUCUGUCUUUCUCUGAAUGACAGCAGCCUGCUUUUACUAGGUUACACCUUGUUUCACAUUUCCUAUCUUCCCUCAUUGCUAGGGUAAACAAGGAACUUUGUGUCCCAGAAUGAAAUCUAAAACUACAAGACCCACACCUGGCAGAUGUAGGAUUGCUCUGCUUUGGGUCAGGAUUGGUGUUGGACUAUCCAGCACACAACCCACAGACAUGCCAGUGGUUCCUCCAAACAAUGCUGUGCAAAUACAGGCCAAAAUGCAACCACAUUAUGGGAAGAGUACAAAAUAUCAAGGCUUUUUGGCUAAUGAGCUGCUGGCAAGGUGUCUGUGCUCAGGAGAUGGAGAAAUCUUUUUGUCUAAAUUUUAUGGAAUAGUCAUUGGCAAGGUCAUUUAAAAAAUUAACUAACAAUCAAAGCUUGUAAUUAAGGCUUUCUUUUCAACUAGAGCAUGCAACCACAACUCUGGAGCAGGUUUAUGGAUAGAACAUAGAAAGUAACAUGAGGAAAUUACUGACUCCCAGGCUGGUAGCUAAAACUCUGGGACAGGAAGUAGAAGAUCUGGGACUCACCAGGUAUUUCUAGGCUGCAUUCUGCUAUGGACUUUAUGCAAUUUAGUUCCAAGUGUCUUCCUUUUCACUAUUUAUCCAUCUUUUCUAUUUAAUAUUAAGCUCUUUGGGGCAGAGACUUUGUAUAUGCACAAUGCUUAGCCUCUGUUCUCACCUGGGGCUUUUAGACUUCCAUAAAUAAUAUUAAAAUAAUAAUCUUGUGCCACAUAACAAAGAAGUUUUUUACAAUAUAUUUUCCUCAAAUCCCGUCCUGCUUGUUUGGCAGUUUCCUGAGUGACACGAUGGCAUGCCAGUGUGUAAACACACCCAAAGACCUGCACUCCUGGAAAAUCCGAGAUUUAGAUCUGAGGUUCAGACUUCCCCAAAGAUGAUUUGAGACAGUCCAAUGGACAUAGGUCAUUUGAUAUUCUUUGAGUUAAAAGUUUAGAUAAUUAAGUAUCCUUAAAAUAAUCUCAGGCCCUCUUAUUCUGUGAAUUUCAGUAACACAGCCUUUUACUUGCUAUGUAAUUCUUAAAGUGAGGGGAGGGAUCAAAAAGUUACAAAGGGCUCAUGCUUUCCUUUUUCUCUUCAUCACUGAGGUUCUACUAAGGCCUGUUUUAUUUGGAACCCAGCUUUUUCCCUUGGGUACAUGCACAUUCUUCCUUUUACAUGAUUAAGCUGGGUGAACAGUUUGCACCAAACCUUUUAGUCAUGAGUUUAGUUAAAAAAUCAGUUUCUGGCAUCAGAAACCCAGGAAGUUUUUUAUUAUUCAGGCUUAUCUGAUGAACGGCUUGUGUGAGCACACUCAAAUUACUCCUCGUGGAAGUAAUUUCCUACUUGUGUUAUUUCACUGGAAACUCCUGGUACAUACUUGAGAUUUCAAUCCAUUGACCAGGUGAUUUCAAAAUACACAAAAACCUUUCAUAGGAUCAUGAAUAGUCCAGCUCAUUCACUGUUAGGGAUAGCUGCUUUCUGUUUUGACAGACACUGAUGAAAACAAAAAUUCCUUUGCUGUAGCUGGGGAAAAAACAAAACAAAACAAAACAAAAAACUAAAUUAAUGUUUUCUUUUUUUCUUUCCCCCUUAAAGAAAAGAAAAUUAUUUUUAUACGAAUUCCCUUGACUUGCCUAUGACAUUGUAACCUCCACUGGGAUCACCUUGCCCACCUGGCCCCUGUAAAUCUUUCCCAUCUUGGAACAGGGUUUUUAACCUCUGUCUGCAUCCACCUUGAUACACACCACUAAUACUCAGAGAAGUUUAAGAUAGUCUGGCAGAUAGGAGUCAUAGCUCCUGAAUAUUGAAAAGGCAGCUAAUGAAUGAAAAUAUGCAUUUACUCCCUCCACUACUGCCUUUCCUUGAAGGCUUUGAAUUGAAGGAGAAACCCAUUAUAAAAAAAUAAAAUAAAA